AUGAACAAUGGAAACUGAACUGUAAGAAAGGGUCAACGUGUAAUACAUGGACAUAUAACACAAUUGUGUGUAAUCCUUACUAAUUAUAUUUCUUAGUUGCCAGGCUUAUAGGUAUGAAAAUCUUUUCCUAAUUUAGAUUAAAUAAACCCAAAUCUUUGAAAUGGAACACUUGUACAUAUUGAUCAGGCAGUUCAAAGGUUGGAAAAAUAUAGUAAAUCUUGGCUGUGUGAUAGUUGCCUUUAUUAUAGAAGAACAUUAAGAUGCAUAAAUCGGGCCAGAGAAUAGGCCAUAUAUCAAGGCUAUUAGGUGCUCACACCACAGGAUCAGGCCUUUUAUUUGAUUGGGUUCAUUGGUAAUUGGGAACUCUCUAACUGUCUAACCUUUCAAUUAAUCUUUACAGUACUUUGGUUCUUUUCCACUUUCAAUUACACUUUCUACUCAAGAAAUUUUAAUUGUUAGAGCAUGCUAUACUGUUAGAAACCACUUAACACCUUGCCUCCUGUCCCACCUGCAGCAUUUUUAUGGCAACUCAUGAGGUUCACCAUGCUCCAACUCUUAAAAAACUUGAGAUCACACUCUCAAGGUAAAAAGGGUAAAGAGAUAACAGACACUGAUAUUCUAAACUGGGCAAACAACAAAGUGAAGAAGGCAGGAAGAGCCUCCCAAAUGGAAAGCUUCAGGGAUAAAAACCUUUCAAAUGGAAUUUUCUUCCUGGAGCUUCUUAGUGCUGUAGAGCCAAGGGUGGUUAAUUGGAGCGUUGUUACAAAGGGAGAAACAGAGGAAGAUAAGAAGUUGAAUGCAACAUAUAUAAUCAGUGUUGCACGAAAGCUGGGUUGCUCCAUUUUCUUGUUACCUGAGGAAAUUAUAGAGGUAAGAUUCUUCUAAUAAUGUUGGAUGUGUAUAUUUCUCCUCACAUUUUGUUGUCUUUCCUCUCAAAAAAAAAAAAAAAAAAAACCUUCUCACAUUUAACACCAUGAUGUAAUGAAACAUUUGGAGCUUCUAUUUCAGUAGUCCAUUUUGUGGAGAUUAUGAUUCUGAGCCUGUAUACUCAUUCAACUUAUAGAGAGAUAGAGAGCAUAUUCCAAUUGUAUUUUUUUGUAGUCUUUCUUUUAGUAGUGGAUUUUACACUGAAAUGCUAAUCAACCUAGUUGCUCUGCACCUCUUUAGAUCUAUUCAGUCCAAAAGUUUGUGCACAUUUGGGAGAGUUCUUUUUUACUGGCAUAUUGGGCUU